AUGUCUAUUUCUCCUGGUAUAAAUAAUUCACAUAGUAACUCAAUUCCAUUAACGACGGUUAAGACGUCUAAAACAUGGGUAUUACCACCGAGGCCAAAACCUGGCAGAAAACCAACGAAUGAAAAAUUCGAAAUUUGCAAAGAAAAGAAAAGAAGACCUAAAAGUAGUCCAUCCAUAAUAGAAGAAAAAUCUGCAUCACCAUUACCACAACAAGCUUCUCAAAUACAACCUGCCAGUAAGCAACAGAUAAGUGGAUCACAGCCAACCUCGAGAUGCCCAUCUAUUCCAAGACAACAAAAACAACCGUCAUGUGUGGGUAAGGGUGCAGUAAACGAGUUGAAUAAGAACAUAUCGAUGAUUGAAAAAGAGAAUAGUCAAUUAAAGACGCAUUUGUUGUCGUUGAUCCAUGAUUAUAAACACUUGAAAAAUUUGGUAUUGAACAAACCUCAAUCAUUACCGCAUCAUUUAGCAUUUGAAGACACCACUACAGCAAGGAAACGGUCAUUCACGGAGUUGGUCAAUGUAGAUCCUAUGAACGAGUUAAUCUGUAACAUGAGUGACUUGUCGUACUCCCCGGGGGCGGCGGUAGCUAGUAAUAUAGAGCCAUCGUCGCCUAUAGAGGAUACAGAUUCGGAACUCGACGAAGUCUUCAACUAUAUCAACUUAGAUAACCACAUAUACGAUGAGGAUGAAGAUGAAGAUAUUGAGUCGCUGGAAUUAUCGAGAACGACGUCUCCAUCCGUAAUGUCAGAAACCGACGGCGAGAAUUCUUUAAUGACCACCCUAACAAGAUCUACAACCGUUUCCACUAAUAACUCAAUGAUGAACGAAAAAAAGACCUAUAAAGACGAACAAUUCAAAUUUUAUGCUUUACCCGAAUUUUCAACGAAAAACUAUGAAUUUUCUUUCGAUGAAAUUAACCCCAACGAUAAAAAGAUGUCUAUAAUUCAAGAAGACAAAUACAAUAUGAUUACAGAUUUCCUAGAAGAAAAACUAAUUGAUAACGAUUUAAACUACUAUGUUCAGAAUGAAUCAUUCAAGCAUUAG